UUACAUAUAAAAGUAAGUGUGUAAUAUAUAUAUGUAUGAAAACCAAGCUUCUUUAAGUCUAGGGGUAAAAAGAUACAGUCUUACGAUGUUGAGUAAAGUUCAGUUCAGUUCAUGGUAUUUAGUUGAGUAGCGAUGGGGAGAGAGAGAGAGAGAGAGUUGAGUCUUCAGGUGAGCUGUUGCCAUCGAUCUCAUCAUCCUCCGAAAUCCUUCACAAGUCACCAACUGUGACUUUAACCAGGGGGACCGGUUUUCCUGUGGUGGAGCUAUCACCCCAGCAAGGGUGGACACAUGGACAACUCCCCCACCAGUCAACCCCUUCUGCUACGUUGGAAUAGCAAUUUGGAUCGAUCCUCCAAAACCCACCUUCUCUGUGGGCACAACAAUGCUCAUUCAGUGUGCAGAUCAUGUGUCUGAGGCCUGUAUCAUCUGACCUCCCAUUUAUUUCACCAGGCUGAGCAUCACCUGUCAUUCAAAGAGUCCCUCCUUCCUUUGUCUGUGACGAAAUGCACACGCAGGCAACAAGUCCUUGAAGAAAUAUCAACAACCUGCUGAAAAUCACAACAUUGAGUGUCCAUUAAAUAACACCACCUUCCGUCACCAUAGCAACUUACAAGCCGCUCGGUGCUGACGCCAACUACAAAUUCAGUAGAAAUCCAAAAUUACUUCCAAUGCCUUAAAGUGACAGUCCAACUGUUAAUCUUCGUCUCUCUCUCCUUUCCAAACAAACCAUCAAUGAUGAAUGUCUCUCUCUGUCUCUCUUCAAACAGUUAAUAGGGGCACUCCUGGAUCCCCUCACAGUGUCAUUUAAGAAGGGUGGAUGGAUGUUGGCCAAAAGCAGGAGAUUGGUCUCAGCUGGGUGGGCACAGUGGUCAGCAUGGGCUAUUGGGCUGAAUAGCCUGUAUCCGUGCAACUGGACAAUCGUCAUCGAGGCAGGCUUCUACAUUCUUCUUCGUCACCAGUACAAUUGAGGUCUGCUUGAAGCAGGUGGGUACCACACUCUGCCAAAGAGACAGGUUAAAGAUCUUGGUGAACUCUCCAGCCAGUUGGUCAGCUCAGGUCUUCAGUACUCGGCCAGAUAUUCGCACUGCCCCUGGCCGGCAGGGGGCGCUGUGUGGAGUACCUUGGCAGUGCGACCUCCUGGCCGGUGAGGGCAGUGUGACCUCCCGGCCGGCCGGACGCUGUGCAGAGUGGGCCUGCAGUGCUACCUCCUGGCCGGUGAGGGCAGUGCAGGGGCGGUAUGACCUCCCGGCCGGCCGGGCGCUGUUCAGAGUGGGCCUGCAGUGCUACCUCCUGGCCGGUGAGGGCAGUGUGACCUCCCGGCCGGCCGGACGCUGUGCAGAGUGGGCCUGCAGUGCUACCUCCUGGCCGGUGAGGGCAGUGCAGGGGGCGGUAAUGACCUCCCGGCCGGUCGGAGGCUUUGCGGAGGGGGUUUGCAGGGCUCCCUCUCUGGUGAGGGCAGUGCAGGGGGCGGUAAUGACUUCCCGACCGCCGGGGAUUUCAGUGCAGAGUGCAAUACGACUUCCCGGCCGCUAAGGGGCUCAAAUCGACCCGCCACCGUGAUCAGGCGGAGGGCAUAAACUCUCCAUCAAUGGAAGCCGGGCCAGUUAGAAUGGGGAAACAAAACACAACAGGGCGGAUAAAACUCCUACUCCUUGCCGCCGGUAAUCAAGGCGGCGCCGGAGUUGCUUUGUAGAGAAGGCGGCUCCGUUACGAAUUGACAGUAACGAAGCACGGGGACAGUUCCAAUUGCUUCCUAUGUUGCGUCAGGAACAUUUUAAAGGACGUACCCGCUUUCAGCGGUCCUCCGCAAUAUCCGUCCUUCGGAUCUGUCCUUUCUCCGAUUGGCGGGUGCACCUGGCGAGCUCCCGAACUCGUGCUCUGAUUGGCUCCUGUCGGUCACGACAGGUGUCGGCUCCCGUCCGCGACUUCCGGUUCCGGUGAGCGUCUCGGUGGUUUGUUCGGCGGCGGUGGCGAUGCGGCGGGUGACGUUGUUCGUUAACGGGAACCAUCGACACGGCAAGGUUGUGGCUGUGUACGGCGCUUUAUCUGACCUGCUGUCCGUUGCCAGUAGCAAGCUGAGUAUUAAGGCAGCCCACCUCUACAACGGGAAGGGUGGUCUCAUAGACGAUAUUGCUCUGAUCAGAGAUGACGAUGUAUUGUAUGUGUCUGAAGGGGAGCCAUUUAUAGACCCUGAGGCAGACAGGAAGGACGUUGAUGACCAAUCAGUGAUGUGUACUGACUGGAUAACACUAAACGUCGGUGGUCAGUACUUCACCACGACGCGGAGCACUCUAGUGAACAAGGAGCCGGAGAGUAUGCUUGCCCACAUGUUCCGAGACAAAAGUGCGUGGGGUAACAAGAAAGAUCAUCAGGGAGGCUUCCUCAUUGAUCGUAGCCCUGAGUACUUCAUGCCCAUCUUAAACUACCUGCGCCAUGGACAACUCAUUGUGAACAAAGGCCUCAACUUACUAGGAGUACUUGAGGAGGCAAAAUUCUUUGGCAUAGACUCUCUAAUUGAACAGUUGGAGCAACUAAUUAAGAAUUCGCUACCGGCUGAAGACCAUUCUCCCAUUUCCCGGAAGGAGUUUGUCCGGUUUCUGUUAGCGACGCCAACAAAAUCAGAGCUUCGAUGUCAGCAGGGUCUGAACUUCAGAGGGACCGACCUAUCCCGUCUGGACCUUCGAUACAUCAACUUUAAGAUGGCCAACCUCAGUAACUGCAACCUCAGCCACGCAAACCUCUGCAGUUCGAACCUGGAGCGAGCAGACCUGUCGGGUGCCAUCCUAGAUGGUGCCAAUCUCCAAGGAGUGAAAAUGCUGUGCUCCAACGCGGAGGGGGCGUCGCUGAGAGGGUGCAACUUUGAGGAUCCUUCAGGUCUCAAGGCUAAUUUGGAAGGUGCAAACCUGAAAGGAGUGGACAUGGAAGGAAGCCAAAUGACUGGGAUUAACCUCAGAGUGGCCACCCUGAAGAACGCCAAGCUGAAGAACUGCAACCUUCGAGGGGCCACGCUGGCAGGAACAGACCUGGAGAAUUGCGAUCUCUCUGGCUGUGACCUGCAGGAGGCCAACCUACGAGGGUCCAACGUAAAGGGUGCCAUCUUCGAAGAGAUGCUGACACCGUUACACAUGUCCCAGAGUGUGAGAUAAGAGGAGACGUGGGGAGCGAGGUACCUCCCCCAGACAAGAGCGCAGAUCACCUCCGGUGCAGUGUUCAGCAGUCUGAUUCGGAAUCUAUCUAAAUGCCGAAGUAUUGCUUUUACCCGCCGCCUUUCCCUCCAGAGGUGACCCCUUUGUCCGGACUCCCGAUUUUGACAAGAAUGUUUCUGUCAUCACGUCGCACACCCAGGAACCAAGUUACUUUUGUUUUGCGUUUAACCAGUAGGGCUUCCAUACUGGUUUGUGGAGCAAAU